GAGGCCCCCAGCGGCCGCAGCCGCUGCCCGGGGCCGGGCGCCCGCGGCGGCACCAUGAGUCCCCGCUCGUGCCUGCGUUCGCUGCGCCUCCUGGUCUUCGCCGUCUUCUCGGCCGCCGCGAGCAACUGGCUGUACCUGGCCAAGCUGUCAUCAGUGGGGAGCAUCUCGGAGGAGGAGACGUGCGAGAAGCUCAAGGGCCUGAUCCAGAGGCAGGUGCAGAUGUGCAAGCGGAACCUGGAGGUGAUGGACUCGGUGCGCCGCGGCGCCCAGCUCGCCAUCGAGGAGUGCCAGUACCAGUUCCGGAACCGGCGCUGGAACUGCUCCACGCUCGACUCGCUGCCUGUUUUCGGCAAGGUGGUGACGCAAGGCAAGGGUAAUGUCUCAUUUACCAGUUUCCCAGCACGUGGCAGAGCCUGGCAAGGAGGAGACAGUCAAGGGAUGUCAUCCAGUGGCAGAGAGCAAGUCGGGGCAAGGACCCAAGGGGCAGAAGAGGGGAGGCAUGGGUCAGUGCGGCCUGAUGCAGGGACUCGGGAGGCGGCCUUCGUGUACGCCAUCUCUUCGGCAGGUGUGGCCUUUGCGGUGACGCGGGCGUGCAGCAGUGGGGAGCUGGAAAAGUGCGGCUGUGACCGGACGGUACACGGGGUCAGCCCACAGGGCUUCCAGUGGUCAGGAUGCUCGGACAACAUCGCCUACGGCGUGGCCUUCUCACAGUCAUUUGUGGACGUGCGGGAGAGGAGCAAGGGGGCCUCGUCCAGCCGGGCCCUCAUGAACCUCCACAACAACGAGGCCGGCAGGAAGGCUAUCCUGACUCACAUGCGGGUGGAGUGCAAGUGCCACGGGGUGUCGGGCUCCUGCGAGGUAAAGACGUGCUGGCGAGCCGUGCCGCCCUUCCGCCAGGUGGGCCACGCGCUGAAGGAGAAGUUUGACGGCGCCACGGAGGUGGAGCCACGCCGUGUGGGCUCCUCCAGGGCGCUGGUGCCGCGCAAUGCGCAGUUCAAGCCGCACACAGAUGAGGACCUGGUGUACUUGGAGCCCAGCCCGGACUUCUGCGAGCAGGACACGCGCAGCGGCGUGCUGGGCACGAGGGGCCGCACGUGCAACAAGACGUCCAAGGCCAUCGACGGCUGUGAGCUGCUGUGCUGCGGCCGCGGCUUCCACACAGCACAGGUAGAGCUGGCCGAGCGCUGCAGCUGCAAAUUCCACUGGUGCUGCUUCGUCAAGUGCCGGCAGUGCCAGCGGCUCGUGGAGCUGCACACGUGCCGGUGACCGCCGCCCAGCCCUGUGCCCAGCAACCACCUAGUGGCCCAGGGAAGGCCGAUAAUUUAAACAGUCCCGCACCACCCACCCCAAAAGAUACUGGUUGUAUUUUU